CGCCGCCUCCCGACCCGGCCCUUGACCCGCCCCAGAGCCACCUCGGGUGCGCGCGCUUGGGUGAGGGGGGUCGCCGGCUGCCCGGGAUGGCUUCCAAUUUUAAUGACAUAGUGAAGCAAGGGUACGUGAGGAUCCGGAGCAGACGCCUGGGGAUAUAUCAGCGAUGCUGGCUAGUAUUCAAGAAAGCUUCAAGCAAAGGUCCAAAAAGACUGGAGAAAUUUUCUGAUGAACGUGCUGCAUAUUUUAGGUGUUACCAUAAGGUGACAGAACUCAACAAUGUGAAGAACGUAGCCCGGUUGCCAAAGAGCACCAAGAAGCACGCCAUAGGAAUCUAUUUCAAUGACGACACCUCCAAGACCUUUGCUUGUGAAUCAGAUCUGGAGGCCGAUGAAUGGUGCAAACUGCUCCAGAUGGAGUGUGUGGGCGCACGGAUCAAUGACAUCAGCCUCGGAGAGCCUGACUUACUGGCUACUGGGGUUGAGAGAGAACAGAGUGAGAGAUUCAAUGUGUAUUUGAUGCCAUCCCCUAACUUAGAUGUACAUGGCGAAUGUGCCUUGCAGAUUACAUAUGAGCACAUCUGUCUUUGGGACGUCCAGAAUCCCAGAGUCAAACUCAUCUCUUGGCCGCUAAGUGCCCUGCGGCGGUACGGGCGAGAUGCUGCUUGGUUCACUUUUGAGGCAGGGAGGAUGUGUGAAACUGGGGAAGGGCUGUUUAUCUUUCAAACACGAGAUGGGGAGGCCAUCUACCAGAAAGUCCACUCUGCUGCCUUGGCGAUAGCUGAACAGCAUGAGCGCUUGCUACAGAGCGUGAAAAAUUCAAUGCUCCAGAUGAAGAUGAGCCAGCGGGCUGCCUCGCUGAGCACCAUGGCGCCUCUGCCCCGCAGCGCCUACUGGCAGCACAUCACGCGUCAGCACAGCGCGGGGCAGCUCUGCCGCCUGCAAGAUGUUGCCAGCCCUCUGAAGCUUCAUCGAACAGAGACUUUUCCUGCCUACCGAUCUGAGCACUGACACGAGCUGCCCAGAGUGGUUGUGGGACGCACCUGGGAUGUGUCAGCCACCGCAGAUCCUCGAGGCGGCAAGAUGACAGCGAGGGAGACCACGAAGGAAAGAAUCUGAAAGUCCCCGGCUGAUCGUGUGGUCAUUGGGAAACGGCAAUGCAAUAUUUGUCUUUUUCUUUCUUUUUUUUUCUUUUUUUAAAAAAUCUUAGCGUGAUUGAAACAUGCUCUAUAGAUUUCGACUUCUCGUUCCCCCUUUUACAGCUGGACAGAAAGGAGUCAAUGCCGCAAAAUGAUUUUCUAUCGUCGAUACUGUGUCCCUUCCACUUCCUCUGAAUCUAUCCUUUUGUGGAUUCUUGUGAUUUCCCUUCUGAGUGUUUCAGUUGUAUGACAGUCAGUACUGACAAUAAAAUGGCUCUUCAUUAUUUGUUA